AUGGUCAACCAUGACCACCAGCGCUUGAAUCAAAUCAUGCUCUCUUUGCGCCAGGUGCAAUAUGAAUGUGUGGCCGAGCAGAAGUGCCACAACCAGAUGCUUCAAAUCAUGAGGAAUUGGAGAUGUCCAGACCAAAUAGAGCAAUGGGUGGCACAAGACGCGACUUUGGAUCAGGCAUUGAUCCGAGCGUGCCGGCGGUUGGUGCGACAGUUCCUAAUGAAGCGAGCGAAUGAAAAGUCUCCAAGCGGCCUCACGUACAAUCAGCUGGUGAAAGCGCUCGACAGUAGAUACACCUGCAUGGAGGACUUCUGCCGACAUAUUGUUGAUCCCUUGGGCAGGGAUGCAGAGACAUUGGCCCUAGAUGCCCUUCCACAACAGCUGGGCAUCGGCUUGCGAAUGUGGAUCCUGGACCGACGUGAUGAGGUUUAUCGCUUGUCCAAGCAGUUUCAUUUGGACGUGUCACUCUUCGAGCGGUUGAUCCACAACGGAGCUGACCAUGUCACUCUGCUUCAGCAGAGACGAAUGCAUCCGAAGAUAUCUCGCUUGAUCAAGCCGUAUUAUCCUCAACUUCGGGACCAUUCCAGCACUGAGAGGUAUCCGGAGAUUCGAGGCAUCAAUGCAAGAAGCUACUUCAUGACGCACUUCCACUUCGAGGACGACGAGGGAGAAAGUCAUUCCCAUUUAAACACAUUUGAGGCGAACUUUGUAAGCGCUUUGUGUGCGCAUUUGGUCUCAUGUGGCUAUGAGGAGUCGCAGAUCACGGUGCUAUCACCAUAUUUGGGCCAGGUGCGUUUGUUGAAGAAGAGGAUCCAGCGUGAUCCAACAACGCAGCAAAUCGCUGUGACAGCUGUUGAUAAUUUCCAGGGUGAAGAGAACGACAUCAUUGUCAUAUCAUUGGUCCGUUCCAAUAGGGCUCGUCAAAUGGGCUUCCUUGCCGUGGAGAAUCGAAUCAACGUGGCAUUGACCCGUGCGCGCCAUGGUAUAUUCAUUGUUGGCAAUGCAGUCUUCCCCUCAGCUGCACUUGACGUCUCACAACUGCAGCUUUGCCAUAUUGGAAAGUUAUCGCGCCCAUCUAUCUUCGUUUUGCUCAUCACUUGUUGA